AUGCCAACAACGGCGUUGCCUCAAGGCUUCAAAGAACGCGGGAGCCUCAAUCAUGAAGACCCCGUGUCGCAUCUCCUUACUUCCGAAUUCCUCGCUGCGGUGCCUGCAGCGCUCAGGGGGGGCCUCCUUAGCCAACUGCUGCUGCGGGCGCUCUCCCCCCCAGAGCCCGCUGUGUGGAGGUCCUUCCGCAUGCACCAGCAACAGCAGCAGCAACAGAAGCAGCAGCAACCGCAGCAGCAAGAGCAGCAGGGAUUCGUCCUGGGGGUGCGUCUUGAUGGCCUCGCUGCAGCAGCAGACGACCACCUGCUGCGGCUUCUGUUGCAGUUGCUGCUGAACUUCGACAGCUGGCUUGGCUUCUCAGGUCUUUCGGAGCAGCAGCAGCACCAGCAAUCAGAAUGCGUUUCCGCUGCAGCAGGCAGUGCAGAAGCGGCGUCCGCAGAUGAGGAAAAUUCCGAGGGGUCGCGAUUGGUUUCCUACGGCCUAGAAGGCGGAUUCUGUGCCCCUGGCAGCUCUCUUCGGCAGCAUCAGCUGAGUCUUUUUGCGGCUCUGUCCAAUGCUGUUGAGGAGGGUGUGGGCCACCCCUUUGGAGCCCUCCUCAGCUGGUUGCUGCUCCUGAUAUCGUAUUGCGGCUGCGCAGUGCCGUACGCUGCCCUCAGCAGCAGCCUUGACAACAGCGACAACGGAAAAAACGAGAUCCUGACCUGUUUUGCGGAGACGGCAGCCGCAGCCACAGCCAGAGUCGGGGUGUAUGCGGAUCUUUUGAGGGUCCUGAGGCUCAGACACAGCGUGUGCCCGCUGCCUGUAGGGCCCCCGCACUUGGUGCCUCGCCACCUUCCGCUGAUGCCGCUGCUUUCAGUGGACAAACGCGUCCUGCCUUCGGAGUGCAAAACCAUACCCACCGCCACGGGCGACUGCGCUGCAGUGGACUCCGAGACGCAGCAGCAGCAGCAGAAACAGUGCAAGCUGUCGGUCCUGGCCCCCUCCGAAGCCACAUGGCCUACCUCUCCACUUUCUCGGAAGCAGCAGGAGCAGGCGGCCCAGCUCUUCGGCUGUGCAUACACCCCAAAGUACCCCGAGCAGCGACACUGCCACCUUCCCGACCCUCUGUUGCCGCCACACGUUUCUUGCGCAGUCGUGCUGUACAAUCUCAAGAGGCUAGGAGCACUCGCCAUUCAGUGGGCUUCCGCUGUUGCCCCCAGGGCUGAACGCGCAGACCGUGCGGCGGAAUGGGCAGUCGCCGCUGUCUCUGGAAGUAGCUGCCCAGUCUCAGAGGCGACUAGAGCAACAGCGGGAGCAGAAGCAACGCCUUCGGCCGGAGCGGCAGCGGGGAAGAGGACGGGGUGCACGAGGCUCGAUGGCGGGGAGGAUGCGGCGUCCUCGCCUCCCUACACGGUGAAGGGCGAAAGUUGUGAGCAUGUGCUGCAAUGGCUGCAGUGGCAGCAGAGAUCUGGCCCUCUCUUGUUCUCGUGUGGUCUCAACGAAGAAGGCCCUCUAGGCCUAGGGGAGGCAGCCUACUUCCCGAUAGACCCUGUGCUGCAAGAGAGAGACAACUUUGUCUCCGUAGCGAAAGGCGCAGACGUCUGGUUUUGCUGCCAGCCGCAGCAGGUCGUUGCUCUGCCGGGGGCAGUCCGUAGUGUCUCUGCAGGCGUUCGUUGCAGCGCAGCAGUAACUACGGAGGGCCUCCUCUUCAACUGGGGAGCUGCUGGAUGCUACAGGGAGGACGCGAAUGGGAGCAUGGGCACCUCCUCCAACGGUGCGCUGAUCAGACAUCCGGCAGACCACUCGAGAGAUUACGGGCUAAGCAGGGCCCUCCGCUUCUCUUGGAUAGAUGUGUCUGUUUUCUCCGAUCCACGCGCGAAAUCGAGAGAACUCGAACACCCUGAGCACCGAGAGGAUCUUGUUUAUCUACCAGCUCUUCUGAAAGGGACCACGGCGCUGCCGCGGCUUAAAGCGAUGCCGUCUCUUCCUGCAGCCACUUUUGCGGCCGUCUGCUGCGGGCCUGAUUUCUGCGCAGCAGUUACUGCUGAGGGGGGGCUGUACACUUGGGGCAACAAUGCAAGCGGCGUUUUAGGUGUGGGAGACACUCACAGUCGGCGGCAUCCAACUGCAGUCUCUCCGCGUUCGUUCGCUUCCUCGUCAGAGCAGCAGCAGCAGCAGCAGCUAGUGCGACAGGUUGCAUGCGGCAAUUCGCACAUGGCGGCUAUCACGGCAGCGGGAUGUCUCUUUGUCUGGGGCAGCAACAGUCACGGCCAGUGUGGCUUUUCUAUGGCGACAGAGGCCUUCUUGUUUCCUCGCGAGCUGCUCUUGGUGGACCUCUCGCUCGUGCCCCUCACCGUUCUUCCCCUUGUUCACUCCAUCCUUGCGGCGCACAAGAGCAGUGCCGACACUGGCGUUGGCUACUUGGCGGGGCACUCCAGCUCUGGAGACAGCAAGGCCAUGCUGCUUGCAGCUGACAGCGCCGGCUACGCCUUCCUGGUGAGCACUGCGGGAGAGGAAGGGGCCCCCUCCCUACAGCGAGGUCUCCUCGGAUUCUCUCAGGUGGCCUGCGGAUCGCUGCACACGCUUUCGCUGGGGGCCCCUCGCCAUGCGGCUAGCCAAGCGCGCAGCGCCGAGGAGAGGGUCCCCGGGGGGCCCCAGGGUCUGUACACCUGGGGCAGCAACACGGGCAACUGCCUUGGGCUCAAUGAAGCAGAGGAAGCGGCAACAGCAAGAGCUCCACCAACGCGGCUGCCGCCAGCAUUGUUUGCGGAUAUCGCAGCAGUGCAUCCGCAGAUGCCCGCACGCAUUGAGCAAAUUGCUGCUGGAGGCAUCUGCGGCGCAGCCCUUUCGGAGCAGGGAGACGUUUGGCUGUGGGGAGAUUUACAAGCUUUCGUCGAAAGCGGAGACGCCGCCUGCUGGUCUGCUGCCCCUCCCACACUCUUUGAGCUUUCGGAAGAGGAGGGCCCCCACCUUCCAGACGGGAGGCCCUCCAAGGGAAGAGGCGUGCAGAUACGCCGGGUUGCCUUUGCUGCAGAAGGCGCCAGACUGCUUUUAUUCACGGAGAAGGGCGACCUCAUCGCAGUAGGAGAUGGCUGUGUGCAGCAGCAGCUGCUGCCUCUAGAUUUCAGCGGACAGCAGCAGCAGCGGAAGCCCUUUGAAGAUUGGAAUAAAGCGGCAGCAACCGUUGCGCCUCGUUUCUGGGCAGAUAAGAGCCGCAGAGAACGACUCAGGGGAGCUUGCAGGAUCCGAGUUCCCCACAGGCGAAUCGUAGAGGCUGCUGCUGGUCUGGAUCAUUUUCUCCUGGCGACUCUUCCUACGGAGGAAAAGGGACAGGCUCCCUCUCAGCAGCCCGUCGCCUUCCUCAGGGAGCUUCACCGUCCUCCAGCGCUCCUAAGACCCCGCCGCCAAGCAGCCUCUCCACGCAGCAGCAGCACUACUCGCUCAAGCAAUAUUAUCCACAGUGGCAGUAGCAGCAGUGCAGACAGCACGCGACUUAGCAGCUGUGUAAGCAGUGGCAGUGGAAAGCCGCCUAGAGAUACCGUGCGGCGCGUGGACAUGCCAGCCGCCCGAACCUUUGCCGGAGUGAGAAGUCACAGCGCCUCUCCAAGCGGCACUGCUCAGAUUUUUCAGCUGCAGCAGGAGCCUGAAGAGGCCAAGCAACUGUGGCAGGCUACUCUUGCAAACCCCAGUACCGCCAGCGGGGGCAGGUCGUUUGCUGCCGCAGCUCGAGAUGUAGCCGCUGCAGGCCUUCACCUAACGCUACGACAUCUGGCAAGCGCCGGGGAGGGAGCAGCCAAGGCAGCAGCAGCAAGAGCGGCGGAAGCAGCAGAAAGGGUUGCAGAUGGACAGGGGGCUGCCGUGAUGGAAAGCCUUCUAGACCGCAUCGACAGGGGUUCGGGGGCCGUUCUUAGUGCCCUCAGCAGCGGCAUCGCGUACAUCCUCCCCGGCACGAAGUCGGCGCCAGCAGUAGCAGGAGCUGCAUGCAGCCGACAAGAAGCUGUUUCCAGAGUGACGGCAGUAUCAGCAGACCCGCGAAAAUCUCUCAUUGCUGCUGGAGCUUGCCCCUCGGGCGCCCUUCCCUGCCGCGCAACACUGUCUUUCGGAGAAUCGACAGCUGCAAUCGCUGUUCCUGCGGUGCGAGUAGGGCCUCCCCAUUCUAUGGGAGCCUCUUUACGACCUCUGCUGCGACAGAAUCAUUCGCAGCUGCCGCUACCACCACAGCAGCAGCAGCUUUGGAGCCAGCAACAGCAGCCGCAACGCUUGGCUAGACGCAUGCCUCCCAGGUCUAAGAGCCUCGUCGAGCUGCCCUCCUACAGAGAUGAGCUCCGCCAGAAGAACUCUAUGGUGCGGCAGCAGCUGGAAGGCGAACGUCUAGAGGCCUGGAAGCGUCUCAGCAGCCUACAAAAACUCAGCAGCCUGCCCCCCAUUGCCCAGCAAAGGAACCCUACCCCACCAAACAAGGAGCUCUCUCAAACCACGCGUUCCCGCAUGGGGGCCUCUUCCCUCGUGCUCCCAGAUAUCCCGCAAAGGCAGCGCCCUCAUUUGAAGCAACAGCAGCAACAACAGCAGCAACAACAGCAG